AAAAUUUCAGUUCUUACUUUCGAAGCCGAGAGGAAAGUUGCGGGUAAGUCUUUGUGCUCAAGAAAUGUCUAAAAUUCAUUGAAAUUCGUCAUCUGUUGGACUCAAAACACACACGAUGGAUCCAGCACUACUCCGGGAACGCGAGGCCUUCAAAAAGCGGGCUCUGGCCACGCCAGCGGUCGAGAAACGCAAGCCCAAACCUGACGACUUUACCUCGAGAAAACCCGCGAAGAAGGCGAAGCCAUCAGGUACCUUUUCAGCCAUUUCUUCCAACAAACCUAAAAAAUCCAGUAGUUUUGACUACAAAACGGCGCCGGGGACGUCUCAAUACAAGUUCAGCGUCUUGGCCAAGAUCAUAAACUACAUGAAAACUCGACACCAACAAGGGUUUACGCACCCGCUUUCGUUGGAAGAAAUUCUUGACGAAACCAAACAACUGACCGUGACGACUGCGACUAAAAACUGGCUGGGGACAGAAGCCCUGCCAAAUAACCACAAGAUACAGACUCUCCCAGACGGACGGUUCGUCUUCAAACCCAAGUACAACUUGAAGGACAAGAAGGCCCUUCUGAGACUACUGGAUAAGCACGACCAAAAUGGACUUGGAGGAAUUCUACUAGAAGAUGUGCAGGAAGGCUUGCCAAAGUCAGAGAAAGCAAUUAAGGCAUUAGGAGAUCGUGUCCUGACCAUCACUCGACCAAUAGACAAGAAGAAAGUACUCUUCUACAAUGACAAAGACUGCCAGCUCACAGUAGAUGAAGAAAUCCAGAAGCUGUGGCGGUCUGUAGCAGUGGACUCCAUGGAUGAGAAAAAGAUUGAAGAAUACCUGAACAGACAAGGCAUCAGCUUUGUACAGGACACAGGGAAGAAAAUAGCACCAGUACAGAAGAGGAAAAAGGUUGGGAAUCGUAAGAGGAAGUUCAAGACCCUGAAUGACCACAUGGGUAACGUGCUGGUGGACUAUACCAGUCAGGGUGCAUCAGAACUAGGAGGGAUCAAGACUAGUUAAUAUGGGGAAUCAAUGGGAAAAAGUUUAUUUUCAGCAGAACAUAAGUUGUGUCCUCCCUAAAGCUGGCAUGUAUUGUGCAUAGCACUACGGUAGAAUGUCUUGUUUAAGGUCAUGCUUGUGUAUGUAGGGAUGACAACCCAUCUAUGGUUUUCAAAAGUUGUAUCAAGAAAGAUAUCUGUAAUGGGCAAAAUUCUGAUGCAACAUGGACCAAAAUGAACAUUCAUCAGAAAUCGUGGAAAAUUUGGUUAUAAUAAUAGAUUAUUGCUCUUGCAAUAGUCUGAAUAUCACUGUUUGCAAAACUACAUGUCUUGCUUGACAGUACAUUUACUAUAAAUCUUUCUAAAUGUAAUGCUUGUAAUUUUGUCACUUACAUUUAUUGUAGAAUAAAACAUUUUUGAAUGAA